AUGUUCGGCGGCGGCUCAAGUUCAGCGCCCAAGGCGGAAAGCGACCCCAAGGAAGACCGCAAGUCGCCCUCGCCCGACUCCGAUAAGGGCGCUGCGGCCCAGUCCAAGUCUACCGAUCAGGCCGCCAGCGGCGACAAGAGGAGCGGGAAUAGCAGCCCUCCAGGGCGCCAACCCGAUGGAGCGACCGAUAAGAAACGUCGGUCCAGUGGCGUCCAGCAUAGAGCUGCUGGCCUGCUGGCUCACGCAAAGAAUUCCCUGAACUUCUCCCAGGUCGGCCGAUCCAACUCCGAUGUAAAUGCGCAGACUCCUCUGCAGAAGCUUGGCAAGCAGGACCCCGCGCUUGUCGUACCCCAGGGCCAGCACAACAAUUCGGCCGGCGAAUCCAUUCCUGGCCCGCGCUCCACCUUCCGCGUCGGCGUUUGGGAAGAUAGGAACAAGAAAUGCCGUCGGACUAUGGAGGACACUCAUGCUUUUCUCUACAACUUUCUGCACACCCCUGCCCCUGUUCUUGAGGGCAAGAAGAGCGAGGCUGUUGAUGAGAAGGAGGCGAACUCUCUGGACAUGGCCGAGACAGACAAUGGAUACUUUGCCAUCUUUGACGGUCAUGCUGGCACCUUUGCGGCCGACUGGUGCGGAAAGAAGUUGCACAUCAUCUUAGAAGAUAUCAUCCGAAAGAACCCCAACGGCCCUAUCCCAGAGCUACUUGACCAAACAUUCACCUCAGUCGAUGCGCAGUUGGAAAAACUCCCUCUUAAGAACAGUGGAUGCACCGCUGCUGUCGCUGUACUACGUUGGGAGGAUAGAGUGCCAAGUGAUCGAUCUGCUACUGGCUCUCAGGCUAUUGCGCCGGCCACCGCGGCGGCCACCAAGGCUGCCAAGCUCACGUCGGAUGAAUCUGCAGACGACAAGGCCGGUUCUACCAGUAGUCCAGAAGCCACCCAUGCCAAACUCAAGAGUUCUGCCAGCCGGCAGCGUGUUCUCUAUACAGCCAAUGUGGGAGAUGCGCGCAUCAUCCUCUGCCGUUCUGGCAAAGCACUGCGUCUGUCGUACGACCACAAGGGUAGUGACGAGAAUGAAGGGAAGCGUAUAGCUAACGCGGGUGGGCUGAUCCUUAACAAUCGCGUAAAUGGUGUGCUUGCUGUCACGAGAGCCCUCGGCGAUACCUAUAUGAAGGACCUGGUGACUGGCCACCCGUACACAACUGAGACCGUCAUACAGCCUGAGAGUGACGAGUUUAUCAUUAUAGCUUGCGACGGGUUAUGGGAUGUUUGCUCCGACCAAGAAGCGGUCGACCUUGUUCGCAAUAUAGAGGACCCGGUGGAAGCAUCGAAGCUUCUUGUUGAUCAUGCGUUGAAUCGGUUCAGUACGGACAACUUGUCCUGUAUGAUUGUUCGCUUGGACAAAGCAGCAUUGCUGGAGAGCCAAAACGACAAGGAGAGCUCCAUGGGAGUUGAGCGGCCUCCUGCAAGCGCAGCCAAGGUCAGUGAAGCCGAGAAGAUCGUCCAAGACACGAAGAAGAAGAUUGCGGAUGGCGGUACGCCUGCUAUCGGGGUCUCGGCCAGCAAUAGCGGACGUGGGCAUGAUCCGGCGUCUAUCGACAAUGGCGACUUCAAGCCCACGACGCUGGACGGAACUCUCGAGGAGGAACCGGCACCUACCGAUGACAAUGAGGACUCCCCUGAGGUCGCCCGUGACGCACCCCCCGCUCCGUUGCCGACAGAGGUGGAGCAGAAUGACACCGCCGCAAAGACGAGUUCUAAGUAA